GUUGGCUCACCGAUACUGCGAUCUCCCAAUGCCCAAAGAACUCCACUGACUCUGUAUCAUGAGCUUCUAGAUGCGGCGCCGAGUUCCAUGUCGCUGUGAAUGUCGCUCAGGCCUUUCCGAGCUCCGGAUACACCGGAUGGGACCGCCGAUAUCCAAGUGCAAUGGCUACUAUGCUGUCAAUGACGGAGUCCGAGAGGCGAACAAUCCAGGUGUUGCGGGCCGUGUUAUCGAAGUCCUCCACGCUUCCUCUGCCUGUUCCACGCGUCCUAUGUGAUUCUAGGCGGGGAAAGCCAAAAUAAGUCCACAGCGCACGUCAUUGUGAACCUUUUUGGGAGUACACCGGGUGCUGCGGAGGAACGUCGCAAACACUCCUCCAUGCGUUAAUUACCAAGAUUCAACGCGCCCGCAAGGUCAUCCCGGGCCAUUUCCUGCAGGUCCGGACUGCCGCCCUGGCGCUCUCCACCACUAUCUAUCGUCCCUGGCUUCAUUAGACGUCCACGGAGCGUGGUGGCUAUUCCAAAGUAGCAGCAAGGAACCUUCCAUCGCUUUCGAGCUUACAUGCGAUGGCAUGAGAAGCCUAGCCGUUCUCACAUGCCGAUGAGAGCAGGUCUGCACAACUUCAUCGCAAGACGCUGUCAUGCCUUCCUUCAUCGAGUACAACCUUCUAGUGAGACAGCGACGUUCGGCGGAAGUCAUACCGCUCAUAAGGCCCUGAGCUGGGCGCACGUUCCUGCGGAUGUGUUCAUGCGCACAUGCGGGUUAGCCGUCAGGCAUGCUACCGUAAUGGCGCAUGAUCCACGACCUGGGUGCGGUGGCCGCAGACCCACGCUUGGCAGGACCGUACACUGUGAUAAGGCGUGGUCCAAGGCGCACGAAUGAGCGCAUUCCCUCGAGACACAAGUGGCGUCUCUUAUCGCGUCAGGGAGUAGGACUCGCACGGGGUACAAGAACCCUCGCCCGUACGUCCCCACGUCCGCAGGUCCUCCCACCUCUUACCCCGCCAUGGCACACAACGCUGAGAGUUCCGAGCGCAACAGCACCAGCGCGGCCUCCAUCGAGGAGAAGGUUGACGUCGAGAAGGCCCACAUCCCUAAGGUCCAGGACAUCAUUGCGGAAUUUGAUGACCCGAACAUUGACAAGGAUGCCGUCUUUCUUGAGGACGACUCUCCCUAUCCCGAGGUCCGCUCUGCGGUCGCCAACACCGAUGACCCAACCAUGCCCGUAUCAUCGUUGCGCGUCUGGGUGAUUGGACUCAUCUGGGCGAUCAUUAUUCCCGGCAUGAACCAGUUCUUCUUCUUCCGUUUUCCGGCUGUUAACGUCACUGGAAUCGUUGCUCAGCUAAUCUCCUUCCCUGUGGGCCGUGCUUGGGCAAAGUUCAUGCCGAACUACAAGAUUUUUGGCAUCCCACUGAACCCUGGUCCAUUUAACGUCAAAGAACAUGUCCUAAUAACCAUCAUGGCCAGUGUCGGGGCUGGAUCGGCCUAUGCGACCGAUAUCGUCGCUGUACAGCGGGUGUACUACAACCAGAUUUACAACUUCUCAUACCAGUGGAUGGUGGUUAUGAGCACACAACUUAUCGGCUUCUCGAUUGGUGGUAUCGCCCGGCGUUUCCUCGUCCAGCCUCCUUCUAUGAUCUGGCCCGCUAACCUUGUCACUUGCGCACUCUUCAACACCCUCCACCAGAAUGUCUACGCGGGCAUGGGUAACCGAGGUGGCAUGAGUCGCGAGAAGUUCUUCUUCAUCGCGUUCGCAUGCUCCACUUGCUGGUACUUUUUCCCCGGGUACAUCUUCCAGGCGCUCUCGUUCUUCAAUUGGGUCUGCUGGAUUGCGCCCAACAACGUUGUCGUCAAUCAACUGUUUGGAUACAGCAGUGGGCUGGGCAUGUCAUUGAUCACCUUCGAUUGGGCGCAAAUUGCGUACAUCGGAUCUCCGUUGGCGACGCCAUGGUGGGCCGAGGCCAACAUUGCUGCCGGCUUCGUGUUCUUCUUCUGGCUCAUUGUCCCUAUCCUAUAUUACACGAAUGUCUGGUUCAGUCAGUUCAUGCCGAUAUCGUCUCGCACGUCAUUCGACCGCUUCGGCCAGAGCUACGAUGUGUCCAAGAUCAUCAACGACGAUACGACGCUGAACGUUGCGAAGUACGAGGCUUACAGCCCGCUGUUCCUCUCCACUACCUUCGCGCUCUCCUACGGUCUCUCGUUUGCCUCGAUCACCGCGACCCUCAUGCACACCUUCCUCUACUUCCGCAAGCAGAUCUGGGUGCAGUCCAGGCGUUCUAUGAGCGAGCAGCCUGACAUCCACGCCCGCUUGAUGUCGAAGUACCCGCAGGUGCCCGAGUGGUGGUACGCAACGAUCUUCCUCACGAUGUUCGUCUUCGGCAUUAUUUCCAUCGAGGUUUGGCACACGCAGUUCCCGGUCUGGGCAUUCGUCCUUGCUCUCAUCAUAUCGUUCGUGUACACGAUCCCCAUCGGUAUGAUUCAAGCCAUCACCAAUCAACAGAUUGGCCUGAACGUCAUAACCGAGCUCAUAAUCGGUUACGCCCUCCCCGGACGUCCUAUCGCCAUGAUGAUGUUCAAGACGUGGGGAUACAUCACGAUGGCCCAGGCGCUCACCUUCACCUCCGACUUCAAGCUCGGCCACUACAUGAAGAUCCCACCGCGGCCUAUGUUCUGGGCGCAAGUGGUUGCGACGAUCAUCGCAGGGACGGUGCAGCUCGGCGUGCAGGCAUGGAUGUUCACUAACAUUCCAGACAUAUGUACGCCCAACCAGUCCAACGGCUUCAUCUGCCCAUCCACGCAAGUCUUCGGAACCGCAUCUAUCAUCUGGGGCGUCAUCGGGCCCGCGAGGCAAUUUUCCAAGGGCCAAAUCUACUACGGGCUCGUGUUCUUCUUCCUCUUGGGGGCUGUCGCGCCGGUCGCCGGGUGGCUCAUCACACUCAAGUGGCCGAACUCGUUCUUCAAGUACGUCAACUUCCCCGUCAUCUUCAGCGGCACAGGCGCCAUCCCGCCCGCGACCGCGUUCAACUACGUGCCCUGGUCGAUCGUUGGCUUCACGUUCAACUAUGUCAUCCGUCGGCGUCACUUCUCGUGGUGGACGAAGUACAAUUACGUACUUUCUGCUGCACUCGACUCCGGUGUUGCCGUCUCUGCCAUCUUGAUCUUCUUCAUGCUGCAGUAUCCUGACAAUGGGAACAUUGGAAAGCAUACCAUCCAGACGUGGUGGGGCAAUACUGUCUUCUUCAACAAUGCAGAUGGCGCAUCUGCCCCUCUCAAAGUCCUUCCUCCGGGUGGAUCCUUCGGUCCUACUAAGUGGUAAUAUGUAUCCUUAGAACGCUGUAACAAGAAAUCCUAUAACGAUCUGCGACGAAAUACUAUGUACGACUAGUGACGGCGUCCCAGCUAGGUGAUGUGGUCAGCCUCAUGGACUACAUGUAUAUUGUUCGGAAGCCGGAUAUAUCGAUGUGAC